AUGGCUCCCGCUACUUUGGAACAAGAGAAUCAUACUCGUGACGCUGAAUUCAACCGCGUCCUUCAUGGAAAGUCGUCCCAGGCCCAGGGAGGCUUCGCCGCCAUGCUUGGAGGAAAGGACGCCGCUGCGCAGAAGGCUGCUGUUGAUGAAUACUUCAAGCACUGGGACAACAAGGAUGCCGCCGAGGAGACUGAGGAGAUUCGCGCGGCCCGCCGUGCGGAAUAUGCUACCUUGACCAGACAUUACUACAACCUGGCGACCGAUUUGUAUGAAUACGGAUGGGGUACAUCUUUCCAUUUCUGCCGCUUUGCCCAGGGCGAGCCCUUUUACCAAGCCAUUGCCCGUCAUGAACACUAUCUGGCUCAUACCAUGGGCAUCAAGAGUGGUAUGAAGGUCCUCGAUGUCGGCUGCGGUGUUGGCGGUCCCGCGCGCGAGAUUUGCAAAUUCACCGAUGCCAACAUUGUCGGAUUCAACAACAAUGAUUACCAGAUUCAACGUGCCACCCGCUAUGCUGAGCGCGAGGGAUUGAGCGACAAACUGAGCUUCGUCAAGGGUGACUUUAUGCAAAUGAGCUUCCCCGAUAACUCAUUCGACGCUGUCUAUGCCAUCGAGGCUACAUGCCAUGCUCCUGAGCUCGAGGGUGUGUAUAAGGAGAUCUUCCGUGUGCUGAAGCCCGGUGGUGUGUUCGGUGUUUACGAGUGGCUUAUGACCGACGAAUAUGAUAACGAUAACGCCGAGCACCGCAAGAUCCGUCUGGGUAUCGAGCAGGGAGAUGGUAUCUCCAACAUGGUCAAGGUGUCUGAGGGCCUUCAGGCCUUCAAGAACGCCGGCUUCGAGGUCCUUCACAAUGAAGAUUUGGCUGACCGUCCCGACGCUAUCCCUUGGUAUUACCCUCUUGCUGGGUCAUUCAAGCACAUGACCUCGCCUUGGGAUUUCUUCACGAUCGCCCGCAUGACAUGGUGGGGACGUGGCAUCGCUCAUCGCUUCGUCGGUGCUUUGGAAACUAUUGGACUCGCCCCCAAGGGCACCCAGAAGACCGCCGACAGCUUGGCGUUGGCAGGAGACUGCCUCGUGGCGGGUGGUGAGAAGAAGCUUUUCACCCCCAUGUACCUGAUGGUUGGACGCAAGCCCGAGUAA